AUGGUGGAUGAGAGGUCAGGCCGUUUUCACCCGAAACGAGGGAAGAGGUGUCGUGGACUGCGUCAGCCUGAGCGUCGUCUAAAAUCCAAACGGCUCAAGUACAACGGAUCUUCUGAGUGGCAAAGGUCCGAGUCCCGGCGUCUGCCGAGACCCGGUGACCUCGUGGGGCCUGGAGGACAGAGCGACCGGACCAUGCGCAACCUGAACUGGGGCGAAGCAUGUGCACGCCAAGUUGAUGACCUCUUUUUACACCUUUUCCGACCGCUUCGCUCCACUUGCACGGGGUCAGCAGAGCUGAGUCAGGCCGAGGUGUUGCAACAGGAUGCAACUUUUUAUUUCUCCAGCCUACAAAGAAGAAUUAAUAAAAUCCGUAGCACCAUCUGCCCCGGACCAGGCAACCCGCGAAACUGGCAACAAAGUUUAGGUGAGGCAAUAAACCGACGACUGAUGGAAUCGGCGAAAGAUGUAGACACAGAAUUUACUAAAAACACAAAAAUAUUCAGUCAAUCGCUCGAAAGCACAUCAUCUCGAGGGUGUGUUGUCCAGUCGGCGAAAAAAAGGGAGCGAAGUGUCGAUGAGCGUCCGAAGCAAGUGGACUUCUGGCAAAGACAUGACGACGAGAAUGGCGUGAACUUCGGUUUGGUGGAUGGUCUCAGCUUGUCACCAAACCGGCCUCGAACAUGUUGGUCGGUAGAACGACGUCUGCAAUUGGCGGUCUGCGCUGCUCCGACGCAGCUGGCCUCGAGACUUGGAGUUUCAUGCUGCACAUUCCGUCGACAAGUCGUCGACGAUCGGGUGGAAACGGCCCCCGACCCGAAGCUUCGUCGACGAGGCACGCACCAACUCGCGAGAAGCCGAUUCUCGCCGGCUUUGCGGCGCGUAGCAACAGAAACCGCAUUGGGAUUGCCAAAUCUGGUGUCGAGAAGGGGAUGA